AAAAGUGUAUUAAAGGAGUAUUUAAGAGUCAUAAGAAAUAAAAAUAACUUUUAAAGAGGGGAAAUGAUUCGUAUAAUAAUCCUUAUUGCUCGUUCCCUUCAUGGAUUAGGAGAAUGAGCAUCUCAGAAGGCAAUAAUAUCUCUGGGUCUGUGAAUGAGUUCAUCCUCCUGGGCUUCCCAUGCCGCAGAGAGAUCCAGAUCCUCCUCUUUGUCAUCUUCUCCCUCAUCUACCUUCUGACUCUCAUGGGGAACACAUCCAUCAUCUGUGCCGUGUGGUCAAGCCGGAAACUCCACACGCCGAUGUACAUCCUCCUUGCCAACUUCUCUUUCCUGGAGAUCUGCUAUGUCAGUUCUGAUGUGCCCAAAAUGUUGGCCAACAUCAUCUCCCAGACCAAGAGUAUCUCCUAUGCUGGCUGCCUGCUCCAGUUCUACUUUUUCUUUUCUAUGUGUGCUGCUGAAGGCUACUUUCUGUCUGCAAUGUCCUUUGAUCGGUUCCUUGCUAUCUGUCGACCUCUACAUUAUCCCACCAUCAUGACUUACCACCUAUGUGCCAGAUUAGUGGUUUUCUGCUGGGUAGGUGGCUUUCUAUCCAUACUGAUGCCUGCAGUCCUUAUGUCCCAGGUGCCCUUCUGUGGCCCUAACAUCAUUGAUCAUUUUUUCUGUGACCUGGGACCAUUACUGGCUCUGUCUUGUGUUCCAGUUCCCAAAACUACUCUAACUUGUGCUACUGUAAGUUCUCUUAUCAUCUUUAUCACCUUCCUCUACAUUCUUGGGUCCUAUACCUUAGUUUUGCGGGCUGUACUUCGGGUCCCAGCUGGCUCAGGUAGGAACAAAGCCUUUUCUACGUGUGCCUCACAUUUCUUGGUGGUUUCCCUGUUCUAUGGCUCAGUCAUGGUGAUGUAUGUGAGUCCAGGCUCCAGGAGCCAUCCUGGGACACAGAAAUUUGUGACCCUGUUCUAUUGCAUGGCAACCCCAUUCUUUAAUCCUCUGAUUUACAGCCUUCGGAACAAGGAUAUGAAAGAUGCACUCAAGAAAGUCUUGGGAGUACCAUCAAAAGAAAUGUCUAAAAAUAAAGAGAAAUGA